CUUUUAUUCAGUAGAUAACGAGCAUUAAAAAUAUUGACGUGACACGCUAAGAAACGGGUUGUAACCGUUAAAUCCAAACCGGAAGGAUUUUAUUAACGGACAAGAUGGACGUCAAAUGUUUUAAGAUGUUGCUAGGCGCAUGGUUUUUUAAACAUUGAGUUAGUUUUAGCGUUAUUUAUCAUCUGAGUAACUGAAGUUGUUGUAAACUUUGUGAAAGUAUUUGCUCACCUAUAACUUAACGGUUAAUAACGUUACCGACAGAAACGGGAAGACAUUAAACCCCGACAUAUCCAAAAUAAGCAGCAUGGCACUGCUGAAAAAUGAAGGUUCCCCUGCUGAUAAUAAUAUAACAUCUUGUGAAGAAGAAACGGGGUCGAAGGACGAAGUGUCUCCAUGUGUCCCCGGACAGACCACGACCUCCACCGCCAGAGUUUUAACCCAGGAGGAGCUGCACAGACUCGGCGAUGAGCGGACUCUGGUGUCCGACUUCAAGCAGAUGAAGUUGGAGAAAGAAGCUCAGAAAAACUGGGACCUGUUUUACAAAAGAAACACGACGAAUUUCUUCAAGGACAGACACUGGACCACCAGAGAAUUUGAAGAGCUGAAAGCAUGCAGAGAGUUUGAGUCCCAGAGGCUGGUGCUGCUGGAGGCCGGAUGCGGUGUGGGGAACUGCAUCUUCCCUCUGCUGGAGGAUGACCUCAACAUCUUUGCUUAUGCCUGUGACUUCUCACCACGAGCGGUUGAAUUUGUCAAGCAAAACCCUCUGUACUGCCCCGAGCGCUGCUGUGCCUUCCAGUGUGAUUUAACUAAAGAUGAUCUGACAGAGAACGUGCCGGAGGGCAGCGUGGACGUCGUCACUCUCAUCUUCGUCCUGUCGGCCAUCCAUCCUGACAAGAUGAAGCUGGCUUUGCAGAACAUCAGCAGGGUGCUGAAGCCUGGAGGCAUCGUUCUGUUCAGGGACUACGGCCUGUACGACCACGCCAUGCUCCGAUUUAAAGCUGGCAGCAAACUGGGGGAGAAUUUCUACGUCCGGCAAGAUGGCACCAGGUCCUACUUCUUCUCUAAAGAGUUGCUGGCUGAGCUGUUUGAGGAGACGGGCCUCCAAUCGGUCGCUAACGACUACGUCCUGAGAGAGACGGUCAACAAAAAGGAGGGGCUUUGUGUUCCCAGGGUGUUCCUGCAGAGCAAAUUUACCAAACCUGCCCAAUCACAGAGCUCCUGAUGUUGCUUGGUUGGCCUGUGUCGGUCACCGAGUAAAUCUCCAGAGGUGUGGAGAAACAUAAGACUGAUACGCUGGUUCAAAUUGGAUGGCUAAAAGAUUAUUAUAUUCUUUGGGGGGAACUGGUUUAUAGGAGGCAGCUUGUGGCCUAAACACUGCUGGAUAUGAAUGCUUCUUUUUCCCUUGAGGAAGACUCACAGACACAUUGGAGCUACUUCUUCACCAGCAGAUGAAGACAGUGCUUAUACUGGGAAUCUUUCAGGUGGAAAUAUAUGGAAUUGUAUUGAUGUGAAGCACGACAAGAACAUAGUUGUUCAGCAACACCCUGAGCUGGAUAAAAGAUGACAGUAUUCGGUGCUUUAGAUCAAUUUAAACUCUAUUUCACUUUGUCACUUUGAUCAACCUUUAGCAUCACCAUGAGAAGAGUUUAUUAGCUUCUCAGCCUUCAACUUCUUUCUCCUGUGAACAAACAGGUAUUUUAAUGGCUUCCUGCACCCCUUAUUUCCCUUCAUGUCAAGUCAAGGCCAUAUUCACACCAAAUCAGGCAGUGCAGCGUAAACGUCAGGCCUCCCAUAGUGCGUUUUGUCUGCGGCUGUUUUGGCCGCUGCGACGCUGCACCGGACGGCAGCCGGAAAGUUGAUCCAGAGUCAACUUGAAACGCAACCUGAUGUCACAGCGGCUGAAGGCUGCGGUGGCCAAUCACAGCUGGACAUCAGACUGAUCAGACUGAUCAGAGUAGUAAACUCUGCC